AUAAUCUGAAUCUUACAAGGACAAAAGGGGUCUCCUUAAGGUUAUUAUAAGCCGUCAAUCUGAAAUCCAAUCUCACAAAAAAAAGCAUCUCUCCGAUUGUUUUGCUUCUGUGUCCGAAAAUUCUUAUUCUUCCUUUUUCUUCGUCAGCCCUAUCUAGGGUUUCUCUCUAUUUUCUCCAUUCAUUCAGCCCACCACCCUUCUUUCUCUCUCUCUACAAGGUUUUGGACUGCUGUUACAUUCUAAGCAGAUUUUUUUUGAGAAUAAGUUCUCUGAAAUUUUCUGGUUAUCAGGGUCAGCUUUAGGUUUGGGGAUUAGGAUUUUGAGCUGUGUGUAUUAGGAGAAAAAGGAAAAUUUUGAUAAUGAGGAACUCGUGGGCAGAUUCUGUUGAGAAUACAGCUACUGAUAAUGUUGGGCCUAGUGGUGGGAGUGGAGCUUCUGCUUCUACAAGGAGAUCAUCUUAUGUCCCACCACAUCUUCGCAACAAACCAAUGGGAGCGGAGCCUCCAGCUCCAUCACCGGGUGGUCCACCGUCUGGUAAUGAUCGUUCAGGAUUCAAUGGACCAACUAGUGGGUCUCGAUGGGUUGGUUCUAGACCGGAUUACGGACGCCAAGGUUAUAGCGGUGGCGGCCGCAGCGGAGGUGGUUGGGGUGGCAGAGGCGGUGGUUGGGGUAGAGAGCGGGAAGUGAAUCCUUUUGGUAAUGAUGCAGAUGUGGACUUGGAGCAAUCAUUUGAUCAGGAGAAUAGUGGUAUCAAUUUUGAUGCUUAUGAGGAUAUUCCAGUGGAAACAAGUGGAGAAAAUGUGCCACCUCCUGUUAACACAUUUGCAGAGAUAGAUUUAGGGGAGGCCGUUAACUUGAAUAUUAGGAGGUGCAAAUAUGUUAAGCCGACUCCUGUCCAGCGUUAUGCAAUUCCCAUCUCCUUAGCAGGGCGAGAUCUCAUGGCCUGUGCCCAGACUGGAUCCGGCAAGACAGCUGCAUUUUGUUUCCCUAUUAUUAGUGGAAUCAUGAGGGGGGAUUUUUCGCAACGGCCUCGUGGGGUGCGGACAGUGUUUCCCCUUGCUCUUAUUCUCUCACCAACAAGAGAGCUCUCAAUGCAGAUACAUGAGGAAGCUAAAAAAUUCUCAUAUCAGACUGGUGUUAGAGUGGUCGUGGCCUACGGUGGAGCCCCGAUUAAUCAACAGCUCCGAGAGCUUGAGAGAGGAGUUGAUAUUCUUGUGGCAACUCCUGGAAGACUGGUUGAUUUACUUGAGAGAGCAAAAGUUUCAUUACAGAUGAUUAGAUAUUUAGCUCUUGAUGAGGCAGAUCGUAUGCUGGACAUGGGAUUCGAACCUCAAAUCAGAAGGAUAGUGGAGCAAAUGGAUAUGCCUCGACCUGGUGAAAGGCAGACUAUGCUGUUCAGUGCCACAUUCCCAAAGGAGAUUCAGAGACUGGCAUCUGAUUUUCUUGCAAACUACAUAUUUUUGGCAGUUGGACGGGUUGGUUCGAGUACUGAUUUGAUUCUUCAGCGAGUUGAAUUUGUUCAUGAUGGUGAUAAGAGAAGCCAUCUUAUGGACCUACUGCAUGCACAGAUGGCUAAUGGGGUUCAUGGCAAGCAAGCUCUAACUUUGGUAUUUGUCGAAACAAAGAAGGGUGCUGAUGCAUUGGAGCAUUGGCUGUGUAUCAAUGGGUUUCCUGCAACUGCCAUUCAUGGUGAUAGGACUCAGCAGGAAAGGGAGCAGGCGCUAAGAACAUUCAAGAGAGGGGAUACCCCAAUUUUAGUUGCGACAGAUGUGGCUGCCCGAGGCCUUGAUAUCCCUCAUGUUUCUCAUGUUAUCAACUUUGACCUUCCUAAUGACAUUGACGAUUAUGUGCACCGAAUAGGCAGGACAGGUCGUGCAGGCAAGUCAGGAUUAGCAACUGCUUUCUUUAAUGAAGGUAAUCUUUCAAUGGCCAAACCCCUAGCUGAUCUGAUGCAAGAAGCUAAUCAGGAGGUACCUGAAUGGCUGACUCGUUAUGCUAGCCGUUCAUACGGAGGAGGUAGAAACAGGCGGUCUGGUGGAGGCCGUUUUGGUGGGCGUGACUUCAGGAGGGAUUCCUCUUACAGUAGAAGUGGUGGAGGUGGUGUGAGUUACUAUGAAGGAGGUAACAGCAGUGGUGGUUAUGGCAAUUAUAGCGGGGGAUAUGGUCCUGGAGUAACUAGUGCUUGGGACUAG